UGCUGCCCAUGUCUGCUCCCUCCUCCCUCUGUCCCGAUGGCGUCCCCCAGCGAUUUUAUGUGACGUUCAUCUCCAGACGUGUGACUGACUGCUGUGAAGGUUUUAGCAGAAUCCUGUCCUGUCUGAGCCUCAUGUCUGCAGCAGCUGAAGCUUCAGUUUGACUGUAAACACACCAGCAAGUCGAUGGUUUCUGCACUAAGACGCACAGAAUUCCACGUUCUAGAAAAGCUUAAUCCCCCUGUUCAAAGUAUCUAAAAGAGCACAAAGUAUCUGAACAGUUAGUGUGAUAAAGAUUACAAGCAGGAAAGGUUUGAAAAUCAGAAAAACUCAGGAGAACCACAUAAGUGUGGAGCUAGAAUCUGGACUUUAGUUUUGGAUUUGUAACUUUUUGUUUUGUUCUUGUACGUUAUGUUUUGUAACUUGCACACAGUUAAUACAGGUUUCCAGUUUCAGGCUACAGGUACAAAACAAAACCUACUAAACAUUUUUGUCAUGCCUGGAAGAACCAAUGAGUGUCGAUUUGGGUGAAGUUUGAUCAAUCAUGUUUCUAGAAUCUAUCCAAUUAUGGCGAGGAUCACAAAACUCACGGUUUGAAUCAGUUAAAAAAGAAAACAGAAAAGCCCACAAUUAAUAUUUUGUAAAGCUUCAAAAUAUAUACAACAUAUAUAAAGUACUUCAAAACACACCUAUGAUGGAGAGAAGGAUUUUCUGUAGUGUCUCUAUGACGACGGCAUAGAGGAGACCUGAGAAGCAGGAAUCAUUCAUACAAACACCAGAACAUCUGGCUCAGUGAGGUGAAACCAAUGAUUCUUACUUCUGCUUCUGGGCUUUUUUUGUUUUUAUAAUAAAAAAGUUGAAUACUUUUUCCAGAUCCUGUGAUUGUCGUUGGUACAGUUACCUCUGAGUUUCUCCAGACUCCUCUUUGAAGCCGACCCCGGACUUGUUCUGCUCCGGUUUGCUCCUCACUCAUGGGGGGUGGUGUGUGGACGACAGACCCCCCCUUAAGCUGCUGAGCGACAUGUCAGAGUACGUCAGUCUGACUUCACCGCCGCCGUCAGCGCCGGCCGCCUUGGAACAGACCCAGAGACAACCAGAAAAUCCAGCAGCAGUCAGUACUAGAGCCUCCACAGAACAGUUAGUUAGCAUCCAGACCGACCGGCCAGAGCAACCAGCACGGGCUGCCCGCGUGGUCGUGGCCCGCUCCUUCACGGACUUCACUCCUCAGGUGACCUUUGACAUCAAGAAAUGCGACCUGCACCGUCUGGAGGAGGGCCCGCCGCUGAGGGCGGAGCUGACGAGGGAGCAGGGCCUGCAGUACUACCACACCAUGCAGACUGUGAGGCGCAUGGAGCUGAAGGCGGAUCAGCUGUACAAGCAGAAGAUCAUCAGAGGCUUCUGCCACCUCUACGAUGGACAGGAAGCGUGUGCUGCAGGGAUUGAAGCAGCCAUCAACCUGUCCGAUCACCUGAUCACGGCGUACCGGGCUCAUGGGUUCACCUACACCCGCGGCGUGUCCGUCAAAGAGAUCCUCGCUGAGCUCACAGGUCGUAAAGGAGGUGUGGCCAAAGGGAAGGGGGGCUCCAUGCACAUGUACGCCCCUCAUUUCUACGGGGGCAACGGCAUUGUUGGUGCACAGGUUCCUGUGGGGGCAGGCAUCGCUCUGGCUUGCAGUUACCAGGGCAACAACCAGCUGUGCGUCACGCUAUACGGAGACGGGGCGGCCAAUCAGGGCCAGAUCUUUGAGACCUUCAACAUGGCGGCUCUGUGGAAGCUGCCCUGCAUCUUCAUCUGCGAGAACAACAAGUACGGCAUGGGCACGGCGGUGGAGCGGGCGGCUGCCAGCACCGACUACUACAAGAGGGGGGACUUCAUCCCGGGACUCAGAGUGGACGGCAUGGACGUGCUGUGCGUCAGAGAGGCCACGAGGUUUGCUGCAGAGCACUGCAGAGCUGGAAAGGGUCCCAUUGUGAUGGAGCUGCAGACCUACCGUUACCACGGACACAGCAUGAGCGACCCAGGCGUCAGUUAUCGCACGCGGGAGGAGAUCCAGGAGGUCCGCAGCAAGAGCGACCCCAUCUCCAUGCUGAAGGAGCGCAUGCUGGCAAACAACAUGGCGUCUGCGGAGGAGUUCAAGGAAAUCGACAUUGCCAUCAGGAAAGAGGUGGAGGAGGCGGCUCAGUUUGCCACCUUGGACCCGGAGCCGCCGCUGGACGAGCUCUGCGACCACAUCUUCCACAACGAGCCCCCGCUGGAGGUCCGCGGGACGAACCCCUGGUCCAAACUCAAGUCCGUCAGCUGAAGUCCAGCAGGAGGCUUCCACACGGGAGGAGCUCUGCACCCCCGCCAGACUUUAGCUUCUACUUGAAACCUGCCCGUCUUUCUUUACGUAUAGAUUUCUAUAGAAACAUAUGUCUGUUCCUGCGGUUGGUGUGAGCCGAGUGCAGCUGGAGAAAGUUACCUGCUGCUGGGAGAUGCAGCAAAACCACCUUCUCCUGAGGAAUGCAGCCAGUGUCAGCUCAUGGAAGCUCAGAAAGAUGCUCAGGCUGGGUCUGAAGAUCAAACCACGGUGACCCUGAUUCCUGCUGGGAGAUCCACCUUCAGGGUUUGGAGUUUAUUCCUUUUUUCCCUCCAAACUCGGCUCAUAAUGAGAGUCUCUGCCGGAUGCUGUCUGCUCACAGCGUCUGCUUUCAGUUCAGACAUGGGUGGGAGUUGGUCAGGAUGUGCUGCUCAAAUAAAGGUGCUUCUUUGGUUUCCUUCAGGACAGGAAGUCCUGAGCGUCCCAUAAUUCUUUUCAGCUGCAGUAAUGGCAGCAUUUCUUUCACAGCUGCUUUGCAGCUGUGAAAUCUUUCCUUCGUGUCGUUAAAGAACAGAUUUCCAGCGGUUCAUUUUCCAUUCCUGCUCCAUUUUAAGUGUCAUGGUAACCAUCAAAAAAUCCCAAAUGUUUUUUGUUCUUCACAUGUUAGGUCAAAUGGAAGCUUUGGAGCUUGUGUGUAGAAUCGUCUCUGUUUUCCUGUUAUGUUCAUAAACACUUAAACUUCCACUUGGAUGAGACGAUAAAUUCCAAAGAUGUUCAUCUUCCUGACCGACAGACGGAGACUUCAAGGUUUUUUAAUGGAUAAAAUGUUGUAAAGGAACUUAAAAACAUCAGUAGGUACAUCUCAUAUUUACUUCGGGUUAUUGUUAUUGAUCUUAUGAAAAUAUUUAUUAUUUAUUUCUCCUUAAUUACCCAAACUAAGAAUAAAUCUGAAAAAAAGUAAGCUGUUCUUUAUUUCUGUUGACUGUUGGGGAUAAAAGGUCAGAACCUUAAUUUAUUUUUAAAAGUCAAAUAAUAUAAUAAAUUGAAGUUCAUGAAUGAUGUGUUUGGCUAAUGACUAAAAUAGAAACGUAAAGUAUUAGUUAGGAUGAUGUAAAGAAAUCUGCAGUUCCAUUUUCUGCCAGCAGGUGUCAUCUGUAUACCUGCAUACCUUCACCCUUAAGUUUAUGUGAAUAAAUAUUUCCCAAAAAAAGUAGAGUAUGAACAGUUUACUGCUUUACAUUUUCUUCAUAAUUGGGUAAUUUAUUGUUCAAAAAUCUGUUUAUUCAAUUCUUUGUAUUAAAAGAUUUUGUGGCUGAAACCGAA